GCUGCUUGAUGCUAAAAGAAGCACUUUUUAAGGCAUAAAAUCUCCUUUUGGGAUUAAAUCCAGGCCAUUAGUGCUGGGUAAAUGUAUUUUAAACUGUAGGAUUCUGAAGUUUGUUUGAGUUGUUGUUAAAUGGCGUUUAGCGGAAGUGGGGUGGUGUGUUUAGUUUUCUCCAGCAGAGGGAGGGCUGUUGAGGAUUAGUGGCCUGGGGGGGUGGAGCGGGGGGUUGACGCUCAGCAGGGAGCAGCAGUACAGGUUGGACUCGCUCAGCAUGGUUUCAGUCGGGAAUUCACCUUGAAUAAGAAUGACUGUCCUUAUGCCAGACAUCUAAUCCUCCUCAUAUUGUUUUGUAAUGAAGUGAGGACUGGCAGAGAAACUUAAACACCAUCAGCCAAAGCCUAAAAAACAAAAAUCCUAUGGAUGAUCAAUGGGAAACCUUCGUCACAGACGAGCCAAGUCCUUUGAGAGACGAUUUAGUGAAUCAUUAUGAAUCCAUUAAAUGUGCGGAGGUUCUUCAGCCUCAGAAUGAGACAACGCUGCCUGGGGUCACAGAAAAUCCCUACCAGCAGAUCCGGGACAGCUCACCACCACCUCCAUCAAGACAUCGGGUCCUGAGUGCCCCGCCUCCUCUGCCCCCACGCAACCCGCCUCCUCUGCCCCCGCGCGACCCGUCUCCUGUAGGCCCCGGCAGAAAUCGAUUUUACUCCGAUAUUGACCAGAAUACUUCUAAACUGGAUCCCUGGGCUAUCAGGCUGAUACCCUCUCCAGCAGGCAGCACAAAUAAUCUGGCCUCUUUCAGCAAUGCAACAUCUCAGUUGAUGUCACGCUACAAGCACACCGACCGGAUUCACAACUCGGGAAUAGUAUGGGGCCGACUGUUAAAUAUCCACCUUGCUUUGCUGCAGCAGGAAGUAAAAGUCACUAUAUCCGAGAACGACACCAUCGAGUUUCCCAUUCCCACCCCAGUGAACAAAAAGGUGAAGGACCUAAUAGAUGAAUACUUCAAGUUGCUUGACCGCACCUCUGACACAAGCAAGGAUUAUAUUUUAAAAUUUUGUGACUCUGAGGAGUUCCUCACAAAUGAAGAACUUCUUGGCUUGCAUGAAAGAGUUCAGAUGUAUUUCAAGACAAAUGAGGUGAUCAACCUCCGACUGGUUCGAGUAAAUAAUCUGAAUCGCCAUCUUGCCAGAGAUGCUGCAGACAGUAAGACUGAAUGCAAUUUGCACCAGUUCCUGCGGCCUGUCAGCGUCCACUGCACCGCAAGGGUGAGCAUUGAAAAUGUGCUCACUGCCUUCAACAAACAUGUGAAUGAACUCAUGAGCACUAAGUGUAGUAAGAAUAUCCCUCUGGUUGUUAAUAAUGUUCGCGUCAUCAGUAAUCUUCUGUCUGGGCUGACAUGUCACGAGCUAGAGGAUGCCAUUGGUGCCCUUAAUCGAAUCAGUCAUGUAAAUAUGAACCAAAAUCAAAUGAUGGAGUGUGAAGCUGCCUUGAUCAUGCUCAACGGGGCUCUGCUCAAAGUGCUGCAGAUAUAUUUUGAUAAUUUCCACUCAGACUUCAGAACACACAAAGUUAUCGGCACACCCCAAAUCGCUGAUGUCGAUAACAAUGGGGAAAUUUUGCAGUUCAGCAUAUUUUCCAUCUACAAACUAAAGCCGAGCUGGAUGAGUAAUUAUGAAAGUUUCUCUGUUUCCUGUGACUUGACAUACGGAGAAAAAAAGAUCUGUGAGACAGGCGUUUCGGAGAAUAUCAGCAUAGCCUUCUCACAAGGAAACAACAUCUGCUGUAACCGCCUGAUGGUGUUUCCUGUUCCAGUAAAUGAGUUGCCAUAUGAGAGCAUGCUGACAUUUCACCUUAAAGGCACAAAGCGAGGGAGAAACCCAGAACUUUUAAGCUGGGCGGUUCUGCCCCUUUACAGCGGCAGGACUUUUGUAAGAGGAGCUGUCCUGCUCAGCAUGUCCUCUCUUCCUGAACCGCCGUUCCCUCCGUCUCCUGCCCUGUCCGACAGCCACAGGCAGCCUAAAGAAGUCAUACUACAGCUUGAAUUUGACAACCAGUAUAGGUGGGAAUACCGCAGACCCAUUGCUCUUCCCGGGUUAAUCAACUUUACUCAUCCUUGUGAUGAAGUGGAAAGGAAAUUAACAGAGAUCUCCAAAAAGCAUUGCCUCUCUUUCCUGACAAACAAUGAGAAGUCUUUCCUGUGGGACAAACGUUCCUGCUGUGAUAAAGGAAGCACAUUCCUCCACCUUCUUCUCGGUGGCGCCCCCCAGUGGCAGCCUGGGGACCUGACGGAAAUCUACACAGUGGUAGAAAACUGGCCCAUUCAUCUGCCAGAGGAGGCUCUCUUCCUGCUAACGCCCAGUUUUCCAGAUGAGACAGUCCGAAAAGCUGCGGUAGAUUAUUUUGCUCAGAUUCCAGAUGGAGAGCUGGAGUUGUUUCUGCCACAGUUGGUCCAGGCUCUGAAGAGCGAGUGGAAACUUGACGGGCCUCUGGUGACGCUGCUGUUGGACCGAUCCCUGAAGAACAUACGGAUCGCUCAUCAACUAUACUGGCUGCUGGAGGAUACCCACACUGACCGCUAUUUCCAGAGCUGGCUGAGUAAAGUCCAGGCUGCCUUGAUGCACUGCUGUGGCCAAGCAUUGAGGAAGGAGCUGGAUCAUGAAUCCCAUCUGGUGCAACUUCUCGUUCAGGUGGCCCAAAAAAUUCACUCUGCUGACAAGCCUCAACGUCAGAAUGUUUUGGACAGAGAAAAGGGAGUUAUCGGUGAGUUUUUCAAAAGUGGCAUCACCUGCCGUCUGCCUCUAGAUCCUGCACUCAGUGUAAAAGCUGUCAACUUGGAUGUAUGUAAGUUCUACAGCUCCAACUCUGGUCCUCUGGGGGUGACAUUCAUUUGUGAAGACUCUCUGGCUAAAACCACCAGUGUCAUUUGCAAGACGGGGGACGACCUGCGUCAGGACAUGCUGAUUCUUCAGAUAGUCCGUGUGAUGGACUGGGUUUGGCUCCAGGAGGGGCUGGAUCUGCAGAUGAUUACAUUCCGCUGUGUUUCUACCGGCAAAAAUCAGGGUCUGGUGGAAGUUGUGCCAGAUGCCGUGACGCUGCGAAAGAUUCACCAGGAGUGGGGUGUGAGUGGGACGCUUCGAGUCGACACGCUGGAGAAAUGGUUCCACAUGUUGAACAGAACUAAAGAAGGCUACGAAAAGGCGGUGAUGAAUUUCAUCCAGUCUUGUGCGGGUUGGUGCGUAGCCACCUUCAUCCUGGGGAUCUGUGAUCGCCACAAUGACAACAUCAUGCUGAAGUGGAGCGGACAGAUGUUCCACAUUGACUUUGGCAAAAUCAUGGGAAACGCACAGAAGUUUGCAAAUAUACCCAGGGACAGAAAACCCUUCAUUUUCACAUCUGAGAUGCAGCACUUCAUCACAGGCGGUGGAGAGAAACCUCAGCGCUUGCAUCACUUUGUGGAGCUCUGCUGUGAAGCUUAUAACAUCAUCAGAAGCCGCUCUGGACUGAUACUCAGCAUGUUGGAGCUGCUGCUUUCUGCAGAACUCCCAGAACUGAAGGACUUCAAUGACUUGCAGUUCGUCCUGAACAACCUCAGACCUCAUGACACAGACCUAGAAGCCACUUCCUACUUUACCAGAAAAAUCAAGGAGAGUAUGGACUGUGUGGCUGUCAAGUUUAACUUCUUCACCCACACCAUAGUUCAGCCAAAGAAACAACAGACACUACGCCACCACAGCCUUCCUGCAACCGCCACCAACAUCCAGGAAGCCAUCAUCCAGGACUUUUCUGUCAAGGGACGAGUGGUGACUUACAACCUAAGCAUAACAAUUGAUGAUGGAGUUUUGACGAGUCAGAAGACAUUCAGGGAGUUUGAACUGAUCCACAAUAAGCUCCAGACUUACUUCAUUGAAUCUAAGCUGCCGCAGUUUCCAAGCUGGUAUCAAAUGUCGUUUACCCCACAGAGGAGGAAGGCUCUGCUGAAUACUUACUUAAAACAGCUCUUUGAGGGGCUCUGCAAGGGAGAUGAAUAUGUGUGCAGCUUGUUUCUAGAUGGUCCCAACGCCAAAACAAAUGUGGGAACAGGAGGCUGUCCUCAGAUCCAGCUGCGUAUAUCUUACUCAAACUGCAAGCUCUCUGUGUUGGUGAAACACCUGCAGAACAUCAAGUUACCAAAUGGUUCAAACCCUGAUGCCUACGUGGUCACGCGGCUGAGACCAGACCCUGCGCAGACCUCCAAGAGGAAGACGAAGGUGGUCAGCAACAACGACCACCCGACUUUCAAUGAGCUGCUGGAGUACAACUUUAUCCCGCUGCUGGAUGGGAUUUCGCUGAAGGUGACGGUGAAGAGCAGAAGGGUCAAGAAGACAUUUAUAGCUGCCACCAGUAUUAAACUGGAAGAAGAACUGCUGGACAAGGACCUGUGGAUUCCCCUGGGGAACUGUGUAAUCUGACCCUGAGGACUGCACUGUGAGCCUGCCGCCAGCAGGGGGUGCCAACACACUUACUGUAUUAUAUGUUUUAUUUUAAUGUAGGCAGGAAAAUACAGGAGACCAUCCACUAAGAAAUCUUAUAAAUUAUAUUUCUCUACAAAAGCUAUGUUAACCUACCUCCAGAAUUUAAAGCACUGACUGGUUGGGAUUUUUGGCUAAAGUAUGCAUGUUUAUAGUUAAAUAAACCAAAUCAGCUUUUUUAAAAAAUUAAAUGAGAUCAAAUUAA